UCUGACUAUAUCUUCUAUUUGUUUCCAGGCUGAGGGAACGGACCCACUCUCUGUGGGCGUUUCUAAUGAGCGAGAGGGAGAACUACUUGAAUCCGUUCUACAGCCCUGCAUACUCUAAAGCCCACCCUGUGCUGCAGCCCUCCACUCUGCCCUACCACUUCAAGUUCUGGAGGAACAUGUACCACCAGUUUGAUCGGUCUAUGCACCCCCGUCAGUCGAUCCUCAAAACCGUUCUGAAUCUGAGAGAGGAAGGCCGCAAGGCAGAGAGCGCACUGCAAGCGCUGGAGAAUCGGCUCCUUCAGCUCGGUGUGACCCCCGUUGUGACCUCUGACCCCCCUGCACCUCCUCCCACCAGAGAUCAACACUGCAACACCCUCCCGGCGCGGCCCGAUUCACUCAUCCUGGGGGCUCCCAUCAACCACAAAGAGGUGGAGCGACAGGAGGAGGAGUUCGAUCAGGAGGAGGUGGGCGAGGAGGCCACAGAGAGCACUGACACAGAGCGGUCAGUGGAGGGCAGCAGCGGCACCGACAGCAGGAAGCAGAGCUACGGAGAGCUGGAUGGGACAUACAGCAGCGAGUUGGCCAAAGAGGAGCCAGCUGCUGUGAGCCUGGAGUUUGGAGUGGCGCGUAUGACCUGCUGAGACCAAACUGGGGGGGAUUGUGGGAUGUCAAGUGACGGGAGCAACUGAGUGAGAGGGCUUAUUGAAAGCGUGUGCGUGGCGAGGGGAAAAGUCGUUCUGUAUUUCAUAACGCGCUGAUUAGGCAAUGGUCCUAAAUGGUCCAUUGGGAGUGAAUGAAGUUGUAUGUGUGUAUAGUCUAAAUCUCAAUGGAAAGCGUCAUGUCAUAUAUUGCACCUAUAGAAAAAAAGCUUGUUUUUUUAUGAAUGUUAAAAAGCACUAUAGAGAAUAAUGAAUAAGAGAAUAAAUUCAUCCCAAUAAAAU